UUGGUUGUGCGUGGCGUCAGAGCACCUCGAGUAUGCGCGUGCGCACCGCUUUCGAGAGCUUUUGCACAGAGCUGGAAAUUGGGGGUACUCGCUUGUAGCGUUCGAGGAGUUUGCCGGGUAGCAGGAGAGAGGCAAACUAUCCAGGAUGCUUUGUGACCAGGAGCGUCAUUUAGAUAGAUAGAUGUCAGAGAGGGGCUUCUCAGAAGGCUCCGCCUGUCUGAGUUUUGAGGAGUCCGUGGAAGUUAACCCGGCAAAGAAGAGAGUGAGCCUGACGGGUGUUCGGAGCAGAGGGAAAAGAAUGGUUGCAACUAUAUGUGAGGCGAGAACUCGGUUUUAGGAUUUGCGGGAGUGUGAGAGAACACUGGAAAGAAAGGUCAGCCGGGCCACAUAGGGGAGAGGUCUGAAUGCCAAGCUGAGUUGGAUUCCUCUUGACAGUGGGGAGCCAUCCGAAUCCAGAGGAGAUGUCAUUUGUCAGAGUGAACCGCUGUGGUCCCCGAGUUGGUGUAAGAAAGACACCAAAAGUAAAGAAGAAAACUUCAGUGAAACAAGAAUGGGAUAAAGGCCACCUUUUUUUACAGAAUACUGUGACUGAUCUAACAGUUCAUCGGGCAACUCCUGAAGAUCUGGUACGCCGUCAUGAAAUACACAAAUCAAAGAAUAGAGCAUUAGUACACUGGGAACUCCAAGAAAAAGCUUUGAAGAGAAAAUGGAGGAAGCAGAAACCUGAAACUUUAAAUCUUGAGAAAAGAAGAUUGUCUAUCAUGAAGGAGAUUCUUUCUGAUCAAUACCAGAUGCAAGACGUAUUGGAGAAAUCUGAUCAUCUAAUAGCUGCAGCAAAAGAGCUGUUCCCUCGUAGGCGCACAGGGUUUCCAAAUAUAACAGUGGCUCCUGAUUCCUCUCAGGGUCCCAUUGUGGUAAAUCAAGACCCUAUCACCCAAUCUAUCUUUAAUGAGUCUGUCAUAGAACCUCAGGCUCUUAAUGAUGUAGAUGGUGAAGAAGAAGGAACUAUUAAUAGCCAGUCAGGAGAAAGUGAGAAUGAGAAUGAGUUGGAUAACUCUCUAAACUCUCAGUCUAACACAAAUACAGACAGGUUUCUCCAGCAACUCACAGAAGAGAAUUCUGAGUUAAUUAGUAAGUUGUGGACUGAUAUUCAGCAGAAAAUAGCAACCCAGUCACAAGUAACUCCUCCAGGAACACCAUCACCUGCUCUUUCAUCAGGGGAACAAAGAGCUGCUCUGAAUGCUACCAAUGCUGUCAAGAGACUCCAAACCAGGCUUCAGCCUGAAGAAUCUACUGAGACUCUAGACUCAAGCUAUGUUGUGGGACACGUGCUGAACUCAAGGAAGCAAAAACAGCUCUUAAAUAAAGUGAAAAGAAAACCGAAUUUGCACGCUCUUUCCAAGCCGAAGAAAAACAUGUUAUCAGGUAGCACAACCUCUGCAGACUUACCAAAUAGGACUAAUUCCAACCUGGAUAUCCUCAAACACAUGAUACAUGAAGUGGAACACGAAAUGGAAGAAUAUGAGCGGUGGACAGGUCGCGAGGUCAAGGGACUGCAGAGCAGUCAGGGUCUUACAGGCUUCACUUUGUCAUUGGUGAGCUCCCUCUGUCGCCUGGUUCGGUACCUUAAAGAGAGUGAGAUCCAGCUACGUAAAGAAGUAGAGACAAGGCAACAACUGGAACAAGUAUUAGGUGAUCAUCGAGAGCUCAUUGAUGCUCUGACAGCUGAAAUUCUUCGUCUUAGAGAAGAAAAUGCUGCUACACAGGCAAGACUUCAGCAGUACAUGGUCACAACAGACGAGCAACUUAUAUCACUCACAUAUGCUAUUAAGAACUGUCCUGUGAUAAAUAACAGACAAGAAAUUCAGGCAUCAGAAAGGGGAGCCACAGGUCGAAGAAAUAUGGACAGUUCAGAGGGUCCAGCUGUAAAUGCCAAUGUCUCAGUGCCAUUGAUGUUCAGAGAGGAAGAGGUGGUUGAAUUCCCACAGGAAGAGUUGCCUGUUAAAUUGUCUCAGGUGCCAGACCCUCCAGAUAACAUGACUCUGGCCAAGAAUUUUCCAGCACAUAUUUUUGAGCCAGCUGUGUUGUUAACACCACCCAGGCAGAAGAGCAACUUAAAAUUCUCUCCUCUUCAGGACGUAUUGAGAAGGACUGUUCAAACUCGUCCUGCUCCACGACUUCCUCCAACUGUGGAAAUAAUUGAGAAGGAACAAAAUUGGGAAGAGAAGACCUUACCUGUUGAUACAGAUAUUCAGAAUUCAAGUGAAGAGAAUCGUCUGUUCACUCAGAGGUGGAGAGUCUCUCAUAUGGGAGAAGAUUUGGAGAACAAAGCUCAGGCUCCUUUUGUUAACCUCCCACAGCCCAUCUGCAAUUCCCAUUCCAACACUCAACAGUCAAGAAGCCCCCCAUUCUCAGAAGAGCUCCCAGUACUGGGAGAUGGACAGCAGCUGAGAACAAAUGAGGCAUUAAUACAAAGAAAGGAUAUAAUGGCACGAAUGGCUGAUUUGACAUUGCAGAAUUCAGCUAUGAAGGCACAUAUGAAUAAUAUUAUUGAGCCCAGAGGAGAGCAAGGGGAUGGACUCCGGGAGUUGAAUAAACAAGAAAGUGCAAGUGACAUGACUUCUACUUUUCCAGUAGCACCGUCUCUAGCACCAGGUAGCAUGGAGGAACGGAUUGCAGAAUUGAAUCGGCAAAGUAUGGAGGCUCGUGGAAAGCUACUGCAGUUGAUAGAGCAGCAGAAACUUGUUGGUUUGAAUCUUUCUCCACCAACGUUACCUGUUCAAUUACCUCUCAGAGCAUGGACUGAAGGAGCAAAGAGGACAAUUGAGGUAUCUAUUCCAGGAGCAGAAGCCCCAGAAAGCUCAAAAUGUAGUACUGUCUCUCCCGUCAGUGGGAUAAAUACAAGAAGAUCUUCUGGGGCUACUAGUAAUUCUUGUUCUCCACUAAAUGCCACCUCAGGAAGUGGGAGAUUCACACCUCUUAAUCCAAGAGCAAAGAUUGAGAAACAGAAUGAAGAAGGCUGGUUUGCUCUUUCUACCCAUGUAUCAUAAGUGAAGUCAAGUUUCACUGAGUUUGUUCUUAAUAAUUUAUUACUCCCCUUUCCCUGCUCUGACUUUUAAGUUUUUAUAUCCUUCUUUCAGAUAAAACCUACAAAGAUCUUGUGAAUUAGUACUAAUGGAACAGAGAAAUAAAGCAAUUAUUUUUUGAUUUUCUCAAAUAAGUUUUCAACAACCAACUGACCUACAGCUCCCUGUGAAUGAAAUUUUGACUGUAGAGAAGUUAAAGCUUUGUAUUUUAAUACUUUCUUAAAUAUUUUAAGAGUCUUUUAAAAUACAUUUUUACCUUUAUCAUCUUUAUUCAGGGUUUUUUGAGGUUUAGUGUAUCUUAGUUGAUCCAUUUAUUUUUUUAUUUUCCUGAAGAACUAAUUUGCUUUGCAUGUAACUUACAGUAAAAUUCCUCUGUAUGAUUAGAGUCUGGCUUUCAGGAAAAUGUAACACCCACUUUUCUUUCUUUUUUCUUGGGAAGUCAUUGCUGUUCAUCACUUUUUCCAUCAAGUGAAAUAUACAGCCUUAAAAAAAUAGGCCUGGGAGUGUUUGUUUAUAUUUGCUUAAGCAGGUAAGAGUGGUUGCAUUUAUUAUAAAAUCUUAUGUAGCUUUUAAAGUGUGAAAAUGUCAUCAAUAAUGGUAAUGCAAAUCAAAUAAAAAAUGAUUCUAGA